GGUUUAAGAGCCUCAUGGGACCCGCCACUAAAUCGAUCUCUUUUUACCCCACCCCCGGCUGCAAUUUUCAAAUGGAUGAUACGGGCGGCCAUGGGCAGUAAUUAUUGCGGGGCACAUAUUUUCAUCUUGUCCGUGCGUCUACAAGCCAGAUGUUGUUGACGCGGGAAGAAUGGACAGAGCAUUAAUCGCGGCGGCCGAGAUUUCAGAAGACGUCGCCUCCGCUCUCAACCAAUUAUUGCGUCCAAUCCCCGAGCACUCGAGCGAGAUCACCGCCAAUAUUGGCCAGCUUUUUGCCAUCAGCUCGACACUGCGCAAGCUGGAAGAGGUCCUGGGAACGCGAUUUUACUCGCGACGGUUUUCCUCGAUUGCCCGAGAAUUGGAUACUCUAUUGCAAAGCCUUAACCUAACCCUUGAAGAUGUACUUCGACUGCUAGCUCCCUUGGGACGUACAAGUAAUCCCGGCGUGAUAGCAUAUCGACAAGCGUGGGCAGAUAUCCGUAAUCAUUGUCGCGAAGAGGACGGCGAGCGACUUCAUGCCCGUUUGGAAAAAUACAAUUAUUUUAGCGAACAGUUACUGUACCUUCUGAAGGACGAUCAACCCAGCUUCGAGGCAUUAUAUCAUCUCCGAGCGCAAAUUAGGGGUCUUUUAGACAGACAAGAGAUGCUUGACGGAGCUUUUUCGCGUUUGUCAAUCGGCAUGCAGCCAGCCAGAGGCGGACGAACUUCCUACGGGCCCCGUUCACCAAUAUCCCCGCGGUCACCGCGGUCGCCUUCGUCGUCUUCUGAAAGAGAUUACGCCUUUCCCCCUGUAGCACCGGAGAUCCCGAUAUCACCAGUCACCACGACUUCAUUUUCCACGUACUCGUCGCAUUCAUCGGCUGGAAAUGGAGCCACCUUUCAUUGGGCGAGCGUAGUCUUUGACGGCCGCCACCCUACAACUGUCUUUCAAACCCCUGGCCAACCAUCCAGAUGUCUUGGCAAGGACAUGCCAAUGGCGCAGCAUAAAGUCUCAAAGGAUCAUGCUAAAGUAUUUGAACUGCCUUUUGAGAACAGAGAAUUGUUCGUUUCUCUCCAUUGGCGACAGAGCGAUGACCGAGCCAGAAUCAUCUGCACAACCAUCAGCAGCCGUAGUGGUUCUAGGAAGCGUGAGUCGUGUUUGCCUCUAACAUCAUUGCUUGUUCGCCGAGUGGAAUCAUGUCUGCAAUUUCGAAGGCUGAGCGGUUCGACUGGGAAGCUGGAGCUCUGGGCCAGCCUCAAAUUUACUACAUAUGAACGGAUGGUCCUUUUUUUCUGCACAUUUCUCUCUCUGAAAGCUCAAGAUAAUUCUGAGUCCAGAGUGGGUCCUGACGACUACACUUUAGAUGGGGAGAAAGAAGAGUUUGGGGGUCAAAUUUACGAGGAUGGGUAUCUUCACGCCCUCCGAAUCUUCAAAGACAGAGACUCCCGCGGCAUUCGACUGGAGGCCUCUGUCCUUGAAGGCGAGCUUGAGCGGAGUCCGGUGUGGACUGCUUUUAUCACACCGUAUGUGGGGUCCUCGUCCUGGAUCAGGCGACGAGAUUCGUGUCGAAUUUAUCUUCGUGAACUGCACCCGUACAUCUUCGCUCCUGAUUAUACUCCGUUGCGCGGCCCUAGAGGCGAGCACGUUCUAUAUUUCACUACUCCCGACGGUGAGUAUAAAGAAUUACUGUGCACUUAAGGAAUCAAAAUCAAUUUGCUGAUAACAAAUGCGAUUCCUCUUAACAGAUGCUUCAGACUUUCGAGCGGUCUUUGAGUCCCUGAGCCUUUGACUCCUCACCGUCAAAAAGCCCGCAAAGUAUUCUUUUGCAGUUCAGGAGACCUAUUUCACGAUUGAUGACUUAUGCAUACCGAUCACGAUAACGACUUACGAUGUUAUGACAAUAACCAACAAAAGCUUUUGGGCGGCUCGCAUUAUGGCGUUUCGCUGCCUUACCUCCACGCACUUUGAUAAAUACUUGGAAACAGAAUCAUUUUGGUUCAAUUACUAUGGCAUACAAAUGACGAUUAAUCGACCUUGAUUG